UCCAAAUUAGAAUCUCGAUCUUUUGGAGCUUCAAAAUAGCUUCAAUUGACGUGACGCUGAAGCUUGUGAUCUCAUAUACCAGGUAUCUAGCCCAAGAUGACUACCAACGUCGCCCUCGAGACCUCCAUGGGCACCAUAACCCUCGAGCUCUACACGACCCACGCGCCCCGCACAUGCGCCAACUUCCGCACCCUCGCCCAGCGCGGCUACUACGACGGCUGCGUCUUCCACCGCGUGAUCCCCAACUUCAUGGCCCAGACGGGCGACCCCACCGGCACCGGCCGCGGCGGCGCCUCCAUCUACGGCGACAAGUUCGAGGACGAGAUCGCCCCCGACCUGCGCCACACCGGCGCCGGCGUCCUGAGCAUGGCCAACGCCGGCAAGGACACCAACGGCUCCCAGUUCUUCCUGACCCUCGCCCCCACCCCCUGGCUCGACGGCAAGCACACCAUCUUCGGCCGCGUGAAGGCCGGCCUGGCCGUCUUGAAGCGCUUGGGUAUGGUCAAGACGGGUGCCGAUGAUAGGCCUGUCGAGGAAGUAAAGAUUAUUAGGGCGAGGGUGCUUGAUGAUGAGGAAGUCGUCUAGUAACUAAACUUAUAGUCAUAUUCGUUGCAUCUAUCGCGAGGAUAAUAUAUUGUGGUCACGGGCAUGUAUGAUAUGCAUAAAUUGGCGUUUAGGAGUUUGAAAAAGGCUUCACGGGUUAGACGCAGAGAUCAGAGAUCAGAGAUACCAAAUCACAUAACAUUCGUGGUAUAUAUGUACGAGUCAACUGUAAGCCCUCGCACUAGCCGCCAGACGGCUCGUAUUACAUAUGUGCAAAAGAAGCCUUCUAAAGAUACAGUUUGAU